AUGGUCCAAUAUGAUGGUUGUUCCAAUCAAGAAAUACAUACUGGGUACAGAUCAAAGAGAAUGAAUGCUCCAAUGUAUAAAUAUGCAACAAUGGCGCUGGACUGGUUAUUAGGGAGACAAAUCUACUUGUUGGAACUGGAACUGAUCUUAGUUCCUGCUGAUGUCCUUUUGGACAGUCAUGGUGCUUAUGCUUCCAUGAUUGCUCCACUUCAUAAAAAUAAAGUUGGUGCCACUAUGUGCCAAAGUAUGGUGUUAGCUAACAGGGACAACACCAACAUUUGUUUGGUGAUGCUGCCUACCGGUAGUCAUUAG